AUGGCUGGAGUUCUGUUUGAGGAUAUUUUCGAUGUCAAAGACAUCGACCCAGAAGGGAAAAAAUUCGACAGAGGUAAGUUAUGUUCAGGAUAUAGAAGUUUUUAUCGCUUAAGUGUAUUUUAAGCCAAGAUUUGAGUCAAUUUAACGUUUUACCGCUUCCAACUUGAUGGGUUUCAUUGAUCGAUACUCUACUAGACUGUUGUUGGGAGUUUGAGCAGGCCUGUCUCAAGGAAUGAGACAAAUCAUCGUUUCAGUUUAAUUAACAGGCUACAAACAUUACCAUAAUCCUCCAGAUCACUGUGGAAAAGUUCCACAUCGACAUUAAAACCUAAGCAGUGUGCAGGAGUUUAUCACAUAUGCGCAAACGCCAAUUGGCGGUGUACAGCUGUAGUUGAAUCCUAAAACUCAGAAUUCGGGAAGAAGUUACUUUUCCCACCCCCACCUCUCAACUUGUAGCCCUUCUUCCCCUCGAGCAAUAGGGGACAGUGUUUCCUGUAAUUCUACAACAUUGUGGUAGAGGGUGAACUUAUGUUUAAAUUUAGGUAUGCUUUUACAUGUAUCUACAGGCCUGUCUACAGAGUAUGGCAGACGCAUAUGCGAAUUUUUUCCUUUCGUACCAUAUAUGCAGAUCCCAAGCUUUGUCAUAAAGAUCUUUUGACAACAGGCAAAAUAGACACUGGCACUGAACCACCUGAGAAAGAGCAAGAAGAAUACAUGACAGGAAUCUUUUGCUCUUUCUGCAGAUGCAAGUUGCAAAAUUUUCUCAAAAAUAGACACUGGCACCACAUAGCUAUUGCAAACAAGCUGAGUGAUGUUAAUGUGCUGCUUCCUUCCUUUUCAGUUUCUCGACUUCACUGUGAAAGUGAAAGUUUUAAAAUGGAUCUUAUACUUGAUGUGAAUACCCAAAUCUAUCCAGUUGAUUAUGGGGAAAAAUUCAGACUGGUUUUGGCUAAUACUCUCAAAGAAGAUGGCACCCCAGAUGAUGGGGAAUAUAACCCUUCAGACAGUGGACCCUCACGCGCUGACCAGUUUGAAUAUGUCAUGUAUGGAAAAGUUUAUAGAAUAGAAGGAGAUGAAAGUGGAGUUGAUGCUCCAACAAGACUGUGAGUAAAACAGCAAAUGUAAUAUACAGUGACCAUUUUGUAGAGAGAGGAAAGUGGCUGAUGUAGAGUGUUGUCUGUUAUUGGAGUUAAGGGUGUGAUGAGACACCUAUUUUUUUCAAAUUUUAGGGCAUUAUGUUAAAAAAAAUGAAUUGUGUGGCAUGUAUGUAUUUACCUUAAAGUUUCUACACACCAGUAAUUAAUGCACAUUCUGAUUGGCUGAAAUAGCAUGCUCAAUAAGAGUACAGAUGCAAGGAGUAAUUGUGUCAUGCCAUCAAGCAAUUUGUACAAUGGCAGACCAAUUCCUGGACUCAAGAAGUUAAAAAAAAAACAAAAAAAAACCACCAGACUGCCUCUUGUGUUUUUUCUACCUUUCUUUUGUACUUUAGCUGCAUCUGGCAUGCCUUACAACAGAACAGAGCACAGUCAAAGCUUAUUUUGGCUAGACAAAAUUGAGGUCCAAAGGAAAAGCCUUUAUGAAGCAAAACAAGCAGGGAACAGGCAUUAGCUUUUGUUAAUAAGAAAAGAUACCUUUGAGAACUCAUGGUGAAUGCAAGCUUUUGUUUUCUUUUUUAGAGCUGCAUAUGUGUCUUUUGGUGGUCUACUAAUGAGGCUUCAAGGUGAUGCUAACAAUUUACAUGGAAUGGAAGUAGACGACCAUGUGUACCUCUUGAUCAAGAAGCUGGCUUUUUAA